GUCAUCGACUCAGUCGCACAGUAUACUAGCCCUAAACUUCUUCAAGUCCAGAUCGUAGGGCUUCUCUUCCCCUUCUUCUUCGCCACCACUUGCACAUCUCAAAGAACUCUCUCUGAUGGCGCCGCCUCCAGGACCCUAUUCCGGCACCAGCACUCUCGCUUUGGUGGCUCGAGUUUCUGCAUUCUCUUUUGGGGUCGUUUAUGGGAGCCUCAAGCUCAAGUACCUCCAGGCAAAGGCAAAGUCUCAAAAGAAAGCUGAUGCCAAGGCUCACUAGUGAAGGAUUGCAUAGAAAUAAAAAAUUAAGGGGCGUGGUGGAUAUAGAAUAAUGCAUCAAGAUAAAACUUUGUGAAUUUUUAUCUUGGCAUAAAGCUUCUGUAAACUAUUGUGCACUGUCGCAUCAGAAAUUUUUUUCGGGAGUGAACUUCUCUAAGAUUGCUUGCUUCUUUGGCUAUGGCCGAGAGGACGGAGUUUUAGUUUAAUUUCUUAGCUUACAAUGGAGAAAAUUGGGCGAUGGUUUUAUCAUACUUCCUCUCUUUUCAUUA